AUGGUCGCCAUGUUUCCACCGCCGCCGCGGCGCUUCAACUUCAACCACAUGUUUCCCGUGCAGGUGGUGCAGCCCCCGCCGUUUACCUUCCACGCUGCUCCCCUGCCGCCGGUACAGCCGGAGCUGCCGGUCCAGGUGCGCCCUGUGUGGGCGGGGAACUUCAACGAAGAGUGGGCCUACCUCCAGAGCUUCGCCGCGUGCGCCCGCUACAUCGCUGUCGACGUGCACUACCCUGGACUCGUCCACGCCGCCGACCAGGACCUCAGCAGCCUGCCGGUGGAGCACCGCUACGCGCUCAUGAAGGCCAACGUGGACGGCCUCAAGCCGCUCCAGGUCGGCAUCGCCGUCUGCGACCACCAAGGCCAGCAGGUCGCCUGGGAGUUCAACCUCCGCGACUUCUGCCGCCUCGCCGACCCGCACGACGCCAAGGCCCUCGACUACCUCGCCCGCCGCGGCCUCGACCUCGACACGCUCCGCAACCACGGCGUCGACGCCUACAUGCUCGGCGCGCUGCUCAUGGGCUCCGGCCUCAUCGGUGCCGGGCACGGGCGGCCGCUGUCGUGGGUCACCCACGCCGGUGCCUACCACGUGGCGUACCUCCUCAAGAUUGUCACGGGCGGCGCCCCGCUGCCGCACGACGUGGCCGGGUUCCUCGGCGCCAUGCGGUACUACCUCGGCCAGCAGGUCUACGACGUGGCCACGAUGGCGGCCAACUGCACGGGCAUGCCGGUGGGGCUGGACCACAUCGCCACUAACCUGCGCAUCCAUCCGCCGUGGGGGAGCCCUCGCCUCGCAGGCGCCGCCGGCGUGCGCGCGCUUCUGGCCUUCAGGAUUUUGAAGGACGGGCGGUUCGGUGGCAACGUGGAGAGGUUCCGAGGCCUGCUUCAGGGCCUGCAGCAUUAG